AUGGCGGAAGAGGCUGAAGCCAGGAUCCGAACAGGCAAGCAAAAUCACACCGGAACCGAAACCAUUCUCUCUGUCUUCGCCGCGCCCCGGAAGGCCACUCUCACCUCCCCGUCUCCACCGCCACCCGGCAGGGUAGGCCCCGCGAGACGCCCAGUCGGAUUUGGCGCAAGCUCAGCAAGAGCCGUCCGAGCAGUAGCGACGGGAGCGGGGGGCUGUUUUGGAGACGGAGCAGGUCGCGGACGCGUGACAGAGCGUCAGCGAGUCUUCCUGUUCUGCACAAGAGGCCCGCUUGCCCUGGUGGAAGGCCCCGAGUACCCGAACCAGCCAUCCAACAAGUGUCGAAAGACCUCCGCAGGCCACACGGGCGGGGCGGCAACGGAGGAAAGGCUACUGAAGCUCGGGGCCGUUGAAACGGUCCAACGAUUCCUUCGGCGGCCGCAACCAUCCGGUGGGCAAAGGCAAGAUCGGCAAGCUCUUCCGUAA